CCUUAGUUAGCACUAUUUGAACUUUCUCUUGCGAUCAUCAUUGUUCGUCGAUCUCGACAACCUCAUUGUCAUCCAAACCCAUUCCCCGUCGCGUCUUUCACAUCUGGGGGGGUCAUGAAACUUCAGAACUGCAUUAUUCCUUCAUUGUAAUUAUCUUGUUAAAAUCACCGCCAUUUCAAUCCCGUCCACGUCUUUUUUCAUUCCUAGCCUCGAGUAAACCCACAUCUCUCUACUUGCCUUUCAUCACCUUCACCGCGUUGCUAAACGGGUCGCAUACCAUUUUCUACAAAGAUGGCCGAUUUUAAUCAGUUCGGCUCUUCUGACGAGGAGAAUGCCGAGAUAAAAAAGUUGACACUCGAAGUGGAAGCCGACACGGAUAACUUCGAGUCUUGGGAGAAGCUCAUACGUGCUUGCGAGGCCCAAGAAGGGGGACUUAACCGGAAUUCCAGUCCCCAGGCGCUUGCUGCGCUUCGCGAUGUCUACGAUCGAUUCCUCCUCAAGUUCCCGCUUCUUUUCGGGUACUGGAAGAAGUACGCCGACCUCGAGUUCAACAUAUCAGGCCCUGAAUCUGCUGAGAUGAUCUACGAACGUGGAUGUGCGAGUAUAACAAACUGUGUUGAUCUAUGGGCUUCCUAUUGUUCCUUCAAGAUGGAGACCACCCACACCCCCCAUUUGGUCAGAGAGCUCUUCGAGCGAGCCGCAACUUCUGUCGGCCUUGACUUUUUAGCACAUCCCUUCUGGGAUAAGUAUAUUGAGUAUGAAGAGAGACAGGAAGCGCAGGAUAAGAUCUUUGCCAUCUUGCAGCGAGUUAUCCAUAUCCCGAUGCACCAGUAUGCUCGAUAUUACGAGCGCUUCCGCCAACUCGCCCACAGCCGGCCUAUUAAGGAGUUGGUACCACCCGAGACGCUCGCGCGUUUUCGAGCAGAGGUGGAGGCUGAGGGCGCUGCGUAUGGUGUGAUGCCGCGGGCUGAACUGGAAGUCGAGCGAGACGUCCGUGCUAAGAUCGAUGCCAUGUUCUACGAGGUCUUCCAGAAAACUCAGGAUGAAACGAAUAAGCGAUGGACGUACGAAUCGGAGAUCAAACGGCCGUAUUUCCACGUUACCGAGCUAGAGAACACGCAGCUAGCUAAUUGGCGGAAGUAUCUCGACUUUGAAGAGAGCGAGGGCGAUUUUGCUAGGACGACAUUCCUCUACGAGCGUUGUAUCGUCACAUGUGCCCUGUACGAUGAGUUUUGGCUGCGCUAUGCCAGGUGGAUGUCGGCGCAACCUGGAAAAGAGGAAGAAGUCCGUCAUAUCUAUAUGAGAGCUGCCACCCUCUUUGUGCCUAUUAGCCGACCAGGCAUCCGCCUGCAGUUCGCUUACUUUGAGGAGUCUUGCGGUCGCACCGGCGUCGCCCGAGAUAUCCACGAAGCCGUAUUGAUGCAGCUGCCCGACUGCGUGGAGGCCAUCGUGUCUUGGGCCAACCUUGAGAGACGACAAAACGGACUCGAUGCGGCUAUCCAAGUCUACAAGGCCCAAAUCGAUGCGCCACACGUUAACAUCUUCACAAAGGCCGUUCUCGUUACUCGGUGGGCUUUCUUGCUAUGGAAGAUUAAGGGAUCCGUCGACGAAGCAAGAACCGUUUUCCUGAAGAACGUCCAGUGGUAUGCUGAUAGCCGCCAUUUCUGGGAGCAGUGGCUUGAGUUCGAACUAGAACAACCGACAAACGCAGAGAUCGAAUCUCAACAUGCCGAGCGCGUUAAGCACAUCUUUGACGAGUUGUUGGCGAAGAGCCGAAUAUCAUCGACAGCUAAGAAGGACUUGUUCCUGGUCUAUCUUGCCUAUCUCCAAGAGAGAGGUGGUGCGGAAGCGAUGAAGCAGUUCCUUACUAUCGACCGUGAGAUCUACGGUCCUACUUCAUUGUCAGUGCUCGAUAGGCCUGCAAUUAAGGAGAACGGCGUCGCAAGAGCCCCUCUAGACGAUGCUACCAAAGCAAAGGCUGAGAGUAGAUACCCUGCAUAUUACGAGUACUAUAUGGAACCCGAGCCCAACCCGCAAGGAACUGCACCUUUCCAGUAAGGUCGAGCGCAAACUCAGCUUCGACUCCUCGAGAGUCGGUAUUCAAUAUUCUGACCUCGACGAGUAAUAAUGCCCGGGGAGUAGGAGGGGGCAAUGGAUUUGUAUCAUACUUGAAUUCCACUUGUGUUAAGGGCUUAUUUAUAAUAGGGGCAUAUGAAGUCUCGGACGAAUUGGGAUGAUAGGUAAAGGAGAAUCUGGUGUGUACAACGGCCAGAAAUAUUCACUCGAGGAGCUCACUGCACUCGGAAGUUACCAGGCAAUAGUUCGUACGCGUGUUUUUACGAUUGAUUAAGAAAUGAGAAUUAAUCCACCAGUGUUUCAAUUGCUAAAAUACCUAUAGGUAGAUAUUGUAAAUGAUUAUGUCAUAUUUGUUUUCUAUUAG